UUUUUUUUUGUUUAUAGCACAAAAAAAAUAAAAAACCGCAGAGGUGAUCAAAUACCACCGAAAGAAAGCUCUAUUUGUAAGAAAAAAGGACAUAAAUGUAAUUUCUGUACAGCAUUGCAUGACUGCGCAAUUGUCAGUUAAAUACCGCAGUGCCAUAUUGCAAAAAUGGCCUGGUCAGGAAGGGGGGGGGGGGGAUCCUCUGGAGAGCAAGUGGUUAAACACUUUAAAAAACUGCUCUGGCAGCACAAGGGUUAAAUGCCAUAUUAGGGAAUAGGCACAGAGGGAGG